CUCAAUCAAUAAGUGUAAACCGUCUUGCGUUACUUGCCAACUUCUUAUCAUCUUGUGCCGACUAUUUUCUACAAACUAGAUAGUUGCACCUGCUUUCGCUCGGGAAAUCCGCUACAUGCUCUUGAGUCUUGAGACCGAGAUUUCACAAUCUUGCUUAUUUGACAAUCAGUCGAAUUGGGCACUCAUCACUAAACUCUAUUUUGUCUUUUUUCAAAAAUAUACAUAGUAGACAUUAGAAGAAUGAAGUAUGUACGAUGCGAGAUCCAACGAUACUGAUAAUGUGGAUGUGCUAUAUAACAGACAAAAAAAAAGUGGGUUCGAAUUUGAGAAAUAAAGAAAUUACGAGGAUCAAUAUGUGAAACAGUAGAAAGGUAGUGUAGUAGAAUGAUAUUUUUCAGUUAAAAAAAAAAAAAAAAAACGAGGUUUCCGUUUCUUCCUUCAUUCAAGGUGUCCAACUCGGCUCUCUCAAGUCUCAACUUUCUUUCUCCUUCUUCCACAGUUUCCACUCCACCACCACACAAAAUCUUAGUGUCCUAUUUUUAGCGGCCACCGCGACAGACACCGUUACUUGUUUCGUAUAAGAUCCAUUAUCAAACCUCUCACAAAUCGCAACAACAACAACUUAUCAUUUUCCUUAUACCACUUUUCACCUCCGCCACCAGUCCACCGCCGGUGUCUCUUCAUCAAUCAAUCAAUCAACAUUGCCUUUUUAUCCUACAUUUUCGCCGGAUCACGAAAUCACCCCCCCGCCGCCCUUCUCCUUCCUUUCACCGCACAACCAGAAAAACUCUGUUUCUCUUCUCUCCUUGAAUCUCUCUUUCCUCAAUCCCCUCCCUCCCCAAAAAAAUCUCCUCCCCUCAAUUUCUCACCACAAGAUUCUUUCUCCCUUCCGCCAUUCCUACUUAAUCCCUCCUCUCUAAUAAUCAACCACUCAUUCUUUCUUCCGCUCUCAUUUUUGAAUUUUCUCCGAUCAAGGACGGAAAGAAAAAAAAAUGGAGGAUCGGUCUAGGGUUUGCGAGCUCUGCUCGGGAUCACCGGACGUUUACUGCAACUCCGACGACGCCUUCCUCUGCUUCCACUGCGACGCCAGAGUCCACCACGCCAACUUCCUCGUCUCCCGCCACGUCCGCCACUUGCUCUGCCGGAGCUGCGGCUGCCUCACUCCCAACUCCAUUUUCGGAGCACGAUCGGCCGCCUGCGCGGCCUGCUCAACGUCGGAGCUGGAAAUCGCUUCUCCGGAUCAAGAAUCGGACUCGAUCUCCUGCUGCUCUUCCUCCAACCCGUCCGAAUCGGGGAGCUCCACUGCAAAAUCGAAAGUCCUCCGCUCCGACGAGGCGGUGGACCAGCAGGUUAAAACGUCGAGAUCUGGAGUCUGCGAGGGGGAGAUCGGGGCCGUUUUCGCGAAUUGGUGCAGGAAGCUCGGGGUGGACGGCGGCGAGAUGGUGGAGGCGAAGGCGGUCCAGGCGAUGGGAUUGUUGUGCGCAGGGCGGCGGCUCGGGAGAGUGCUGCCGCUGCGGCUGAGCUUGGCGGCGGCGUUUUGGUUCGGAGUGAGGGGCGGAUCGGCUGACACGAGGCGGAACCUGCGGAGGCUGGCGCAGGAGUCCGGCGUGCCGGCGGAGCUGAUCGUGAAGGUGGUGGCCAAGCUUGAACAGGGGUUGUUGAAAGGCCGUGGCGGAGCGCGGCGGCGACCGGAGCCGGAGGAAGGUUGGGCGGAGUCCCUCGUUUGAUUCACUCGACACGUGUCUGCUUGGGUGUGGUUUAAUACUUUAAUUAGCGGAGGUAGAUAUCAAUUAAGGCUAGUUAAUUCAGAUUUUUACGAGAUUAGUCAGCUGGAGAAUUAGUUAGUUAAUCCUAGUGCGAUGUGCAUAAAAGAAAGGAUGAAAUUUGGUGUUUUUGUAUGUGUUAUUCUCGCUUAAUGAUAUCAUCAUUUACGAUCAAUUUUCGAUUUCUAACAUGCAAGGAAAUCGACAUGUAUUCAAACUCAACCAUUCUCGUAACGAAUUUCUUUUCCAACGCACAAACAGUAGGAAAUUGAAAGAUUUAUUAUUUCAAAUAAACAAAAAAAUUCUUGGAACCAUGGUCCAUUAAACCGUAUCGUACCGACGGUUCAACCACAAAAUACCAGUAUCAGAGGCUAAACCGAUAGGCUGUAUUUAACGGUACUAACGGUUGAACUAUGGUUAAACCACGGUUUGGUCAUAAAAUAUCCUAUCGCUGACUUUUCCGGUACGGUCUCCGGUACGGUUUCAUGGACCAUGCUUGGAACUAAUUUUGCAAUUGCAAACCACCAGAUAGGGCUGGCUAUUUGGUCCCGGACUGUUUGGUUUUACCCGAAACCAGACCAUAUAACUCGGACCGAGACCGGACUGGGACCGGAUAGCAAACAAUGCAAUCUCAUAUUCGAGUUUAGAUUUGAGGUAAAAAACAGGAUAAAGACCGGAUAAGAGACCCCCAACACCUAAAAUCAAGAUAAAUUUGGAAC